AUGAAAUUUAUUUCUACAUAUGGUAAAACUAUAAAAGGCCUUUAUAGAAGAAAUGGUAGUGCAACAGAAGCUCGAAUUAUUUCAGAAGGUUUGAAAAAAGAUCCUCCAAACUAUCAAAUAUUACGUGAACGUGAAGAAACAGUUUUUGCUGUAGCUGAUGCUUUAAGAAGUUUUCUAAGACAGUUAGAUAAACCUGUAAUUUCUAUUAACAUUCAUCAAGAAUUAUACGAUAUUUCUAAUAUUAAUGAAAAUAGUUUACUUUUUGAAAAUAAAUAUCAAAGAUAUUCUGAAACAUUGAAAAAAUUAGAACUUGUAAAUUAUAAUACAUUAAAAAAUUUAAUUUGCCAUUUAAGAGAAAUUACUGAUAAUUCAGACAAAAAUUUUGCUACUAUUGAUAAUAUUUCAAAGAUAUUUGCUCCAACUUUAUUUUCUGUUGACAAACAUGAUGAAGAUAUAUCUUUGCAAACUUUUACUCAAACAACUGUACAAAUGAUUGUACUUCGAGAUCUUUUAAAUAAUUAUAAAAUAAUUUUUCCAAUAAAUGAUGAAAAUAACGGGACUGCAGCUAAAAUUGAAAAAGCUAUUGAAGAAAUUAAUACAACUAAAACACUAUCAAUUGGUCUUUUAGUUCCAAUUCAUUUGUACCAUAAAGAUAAUCAGUGUUUUAAUGUCCAAGCAACAAUGAAAGCUGCUGAGGUAUGCUCUUAUGCUUCUGGAAAAUUAAAUAUACAAAAUUCUACGGAAAAAUAUGAUCUCUUUGAAGUAAUUAAAGGUGGUGCAUUGAAAAGAAAAAUUCGUUCUGAUGAAACACUUGCUCCAAUAGUUGCUAAAAGGUGGUUGGAUUAUGAUCAUAAGGAAUGCUAUCUAUUAUAUGCUUCUGAUCCAUAUCCUUUAUCACUAACAAAUCACAAACCUUAUGUAGAUGAUGUUAAAAUUGCUGAUCCUGGAUCAAAAAAUUUCAAGACAUGUCAUUUAAAACUUGAAACAAUGAAUAAUGAAAUAUAUAUGAUACAAUCAAAUAAAUCAUUAAAACCUAUAGGUAAUUUCAAUAUUAAGGAUCUUUUGUGGUUUGAUGGCCAUGAAAGUGAUAGGAAACCUCCAUAUGAACAUACUCUAACAUUACUUGUUACAUCAAAUAAAUUUAAAUACAAAAGCAAAUUUAUUGGAUUUUGUAUUGCAUUUAAAGAACCUUUGCAAAAACUUGAAUGGCUUAACGAAAUUUUCAUUGCUCCAAUGGAGUAUAAUCAAAGUCCCAUACUUCAAUAUUAA